AUGACGACGGCACCGUGCCCAGACCUAAAGCACCACCCCCUUGCGACCACGAUGGACGCACCUCGACCACCGAUCCAUCAGUCCCACCACCAGCAACACUUCAACGUGCACAACCAACUGCAUGGCUCCCCCGACGAAAGCGACGAGUCGAGUUCGGCGUCUCCGUUGAAAGAAGUCAAGCACCGCAAAGUCGGUGUGCCGAAAUUCCUCCGGUAUCUCUUUCAAAUCCUCGAAUGCGAAGACCCGCACAUCAUCUCGUGGUCCGUGGACGGAACAUCGAUCCAGAUCCUGGACAUGGUCAGCAUUGCGAAUGACAUCUUGCCCAAGUACUUUAAGCAUUCCAACUACGCCAGCUUCCAGCGACAACUCAACUACUUUGGGUUUCGCAAGUGGACCAAAUCCCAAACAACGAUUUGUACGUUCUCCCACCCAGAGUUUCUCCGCCAUCGACCCGAUCGCAUGUCGCGCAUUAAGCGAAAGAACAGACCAGAGCGCAUGGGCACUCGACAGACCGGUCCCCCCAAGACCCACGUGUCAAAUCCUUCGUUCCCUACACCGUCGACUUGGUCGGACAUGUCGACACCAACUUCCAUGGCCGGGGCUGUCGAACCGCCCUCUGCACCCCGGCAUGCUUCGUUCCCAUCCAUUGACAUCAAGACCAUGCCGUCGCCACACAUGCUGCCGGCAGGUCUCCAUCAAGGGCGGGGGUUUGGCCAUUACCAAGACAUUCCCCCAUUGCACUCGGCGACGAUGACACACAUGAUGGAGCAGGUCAACUUUAUGGGUACCACGCCGCUCCACCACUACCGUGGAGCUCCGUUUGACCAGAACAACAGUCGGCAGCAUAAUCAAGUGCCGCCCCCCGCGGAUGCCGCGCCCAUGUGGUACUACUACCCAGCGUAGUGAGGUAGGACUGUGUGGUUUGUUUAGUAUUUUAAGAUUCA